GAGGUCCCCAAAGGACUGACAGAUGGCCCAGCAUCAGCCGAACGAAGAGAAAUAGAGUGGACCCUGGGCUAGUGUUGUUAAAAUCAGGUUGCAGGAUUCAUUUGGAACUUUAUUGUAAAAAUAUGCCCAGUCCUUCCCAAGACAACCAAGAGUGCCUCCAGAAACAUUUCUCCAGGCCAUCUGCGUGGAAGCAAUUCCUGCCCCUGCCUAGGGCUGAGGGAUAUAAAGCAAACAUUCACCAAACCGUGGAAAAUGAAGGCAGCACUAAGGUCAAGCUCCCAGACUGGCCUGCUGCCCCGAAGCUGCUCGGUCUCCUUUUUAGCAAGCUCUCUGGCCUCGCGCGAUGCUUCUCUCAUCUUCUCCAGCGACCCCCUCCUGGGGGUCCCCAGUGGCGCCCGGACUUCUCCCUCCGGCUUCUCGCUUGCUCCCUACCAGCUGGGCUCUCACGGGGGUACGGGGAGCGACAGGGCCGCCUCUUGCUCCUUCUGGGGUCAGCUCUGACACUGCCCAGCCGACCCCCAGGGGGACGCCCGCCCAGAGAAGAGGACGCCUGCACUGGGCAGAGCUCGCCCAUGCCCCCCAUGAGAUCUGAGCGGACGGAGAUGCGGAAACGGCAGAUGCCUGCACCCCAGGAGACCACCGGCUCCAUGCCAGACCAGCCCGGAGCAGGGGACCGCGGGUCCAACGCCUGCUGCUUUUGCUGGUGCUGCUGCUGCAGCUGUUCCUGUCUUACUGUUAGAAACCAAGAAGAACAGAGACCCAGGAGGCCCUCCCAUGAACUCAGAAGAGAAGACCUUCCAACCUGUGAAGAAAGCCCUAGUCCCACCCUGGAGGAAGUCAAUGCCUGGGCUCAGUCCUUCGACAAGGUAAUGCUCACUCCAGCGGGAAGGAAUGCUUUUCGGGAAUUCCUCCGAACAGAGUUCAGUGAAGAAAAUAUGCUUUUCUGGAUGGCGUGUGAGGAACUGAAAAAGGAAGCUAAUAAAACGAUCAUUGAAGAGAAAGCAAGGAUAAUCUAUGAAGACUACAUUUCUAUUCUUUCUCCGAAAGAGGUCAGUUUGGACUCCCGAGUAAGAGAAGUCAUCAAUAGGAAUAUGGUGGAGCCAUCCCAACACAUAUUUGAUGAUGCACAACUCCAGAUCUACACCUUAAUGCACAGAGACUCCUAUCCCCGGUUCAUGAACUCUGCCCUUUAUAAAGAUCUGCUUCAGUCCUUAGCUGAGAAAUCAGUUGAAGCAUAGGAUGUUAUCAAAUAUAUUUAUUAUUAAUAAAAUAAUAAAAGAACUGAUGGACUGCAUCUAGUACAGGGAACUUAUAGGUAGUAGUACCUUCUACUAGAGUAAUACUUGGGCUGUUUUAAUAAACAGAUGCUUCCUUUUACAGAAGCCUAUAUAUUCACAAUGUAAACUGUCGCCACCUGUACUGAUACUUUCAGGGGAAAAGUGGGGUAUGGCCGUCUUAGAAAAAGAUAGGAUAGUUACAUUUACGGUCACCGCAGCAUGUCGUCAAUGGCACAGAGAUACUCUAGAAGACUCCUACUGCCUG